AUGGCACAGAAUGGAGGCAACGAUGACUACGGCACGCCCCACGCCGACGGGGACACGCACCAGCACGCCAACACCGUCCACACCCGUCUGCGCGCCAACAGCUCCAUCAUGCAGCUGAACAAGAUCCUCGUCGCCAACAGAGGUGAAAUCCCAAUCCGUAUCUUCCGUACUGCCCACGAAUUGUCCCUGCAGACCGUCGCAGUCUACAGUCAUGAGGACCGUCUCUCCAUGCACAGGCAGAAGGCCGACGAGGCCUAUGUCAUUGGCAAGAGGGGAGAGUACUCACCUGUACAAGCCUACCUCGCGCAGAAGGAGAUCAUCAAGAUCGCCAAGGACCAUGGUGCGUACAAGUCCUUCCGCUGUCCACAUCCCUCAGCCCGAGCAUUUCGAGCGGUCUGCCCAGUGGCAUUGUUCAACAAGGCAUUGCGGCGAGUUCACUCGAGUUGCUGGCAAAGACAAACUGUGCAGCUCCCGCAAUGCGUACUAGUUGCUAACGAUAGACAGACGUUCAAAUGAUUCAUCCAGGCUACGGCUUUCUUAGUGAAAAUUACGAAUUCGCAAAGGCCGUUGAGGAGGCCGGCAUCAUCUGGGUUGGACCACGACCAGAGACGAUCAACGACCUCGGAGACAAGGUUUCCGCGAGACAACUGGCUCAAAAGGCAGAUGUCCCAACUGUGCCAGGAACACCUGGCCCGGUAGCCCAGUUCGAGGCUGCAAAGGAGUUCACAGACGAGUACGGAUUCCCCAUCAUUAUCAAGGCUGCCUUUGGUGGUGGUGGCCGUGGUAUGCGUGUAGUCUGGAAGCAAGAGGAGCUCAAGGACUCCUUCGAGCGAGCCACGUCUGAGGCGUUGAACGCUUUCGGCAACGGGACGGUCUUCAUUGAGCGAUUCCUCUACAGGCCCAAGCAUAUCGAAGUCCAGAUUCUCGGUGACAGCUACGGAAAUGUCGUCCACCUGUACGAGCGUGACUGCUCUGUGCAGCGACGACACCAGAAGGUCGUCGAAUUGGCACCAGCACCAAACCUCCCCGUCGAGACUCGAGACGCCAUUCUCAACGAUGCCGUGAGACUUGCAAAAUCUGCCAACUACCGCAAUGCCGGUACCGCUGAGUUCUUGGUUGACCAAGAGGGUCGUCACUACUUUAUUGAAAUCAACCCACGCAUUCAGGUCGAGCAUACGAUCACGGAAGAGAUCACCGGUAUCGAUAUUGUGGCUGCUCAAAUCCAGAUUGCGGCAGGUGCUUCGCUGGAGCAGCUUGGUUUGACCCAGGACCGUAUUUCUACCCGCGGAUUUGCUAUUCAGUGCCGUAUCACGACCGAGGACCCAGCAGAUGGCUUCCGACCGGAUACUGGCAAGAUCGAAGUUUACCGAUCUGCUGGUGGUACGUAUUGUCUUGAGUAGGACGCUUGUGAUCUGUAGUGCUAACCAGCGUUGUAGGUAAUGGAGUCAGAUUGGACGGAGGAAACGGCUUUUCAGGAGCUGUCAUCACACCGUACUACGACAGCAUGUUGGUCAAGUGUACUUGCCACGGCUCUACCUACGAGAUCGCCCGCAGAAAGGUGCUCCGUGCCCUUGUCGAGUUCCGCAUUCGCGGCCUGAAGACCAACAUUCCUUUCCUCGCAUCGCUCUUGACCCACCCGCAGUUCAUCGACGGUCAAUGCUGGACAACCUUUAUCGACGAUACACCCGAGCUGUUCAAGCUCAUUGGCAGCCAGAACCGUGCUCAGAAGCUCUUGAGCUACCUCGGAGAACUCAUUGUCAACGGUCCUCAAGUUGUUGGCCAGAUUGGCGAAUCGAAACUCAAGAGCGAGGCGGUCAUUCCAGAGCUGGUCGAUGGCAAGGGUAACAAGAUCGAUACCUCCAAGCCAUGCCAGACGGGAUGGCGUAAUAUCAUCGUGGACCAAGGUCCAGAGGCAUUUGCAAAGGCCGUCAGGAAGAACAAGGGCUGCUUGAUCAUGGAUACCACAUGGCGUGACGCGCAUCAGUCUCUGUUGGCGACGAGAAUGCGUACCAUCGAUAUGCUCAACAUCGCCAACGAGACCAGCCACGCUCUCAGCAAUGCUUGGGCUUUGGAGUGCUGGGGUGGUGCAACCUUUGAUGUGGCCAUGCGCUUCUUGUACGAGGACCCGUGGGACCGUCUGAGGAGGAUGAGGAAGGCGGUGCCCAACAUUCCCUUCCAGAUGCUGCUACGUGGUGCCAACGGCGUGGCCUACUCUUCUCUGCCCGACAACGCCAUUUUCCACUUCUGCGAGCAGGCGAAGAAGAAUGGCAUGGACAUCUUCCGAGUCUUCGACGCAUUGAACGAUAUGGAGCAGCUUGAGGUCGGUAUCAAGGCCGUCUUGAAGGCUGGAGGUGUUGCCGAGGGAACCGUCUGCUACAGGUAAGUUUGUCUUAAGCAUCACGAACGGUGCAAUUGACGCAGCUAACGUUUCGCAGCGGUGACAUGUUGAACCCGGAGAAGAAGUACAACCUGGAGUACUACCUGAAGUGCGUUGACCGCAUCGUCAACAUGGGCGCUCAUAUCCUCGGCAUCAAGGAUAUGGCUGGUGUUCUCAAGCCAAAGGCUGCCACGUUACUUGUCGGCUCCAUCCGCAAGAAGUACCCCGAUCUUCCCAUCCACGUGCACACUCACGACUCUGCUGGAACUGGUGUUGCGUCCAUGGUUGCUUGCGCCCAAGCUGGCGCCGAUGCGGUUGACGCUGCUACCGAUAGCAUGUCCGGUACUACCUCGCAGCCCAGCAUUGGAGCUCUGGUAGCCUCGCUGGAAGGCAGCGACUUCGAAUCUGGUCUCGACGCACACUUCUUGCGCCAGAUCGACGCCUACUGGGCUCAGAUCCGUCUGGUCUACUCGCCCUUCGAGGCUUGGCUCACCGGACCAGAUCCAGAGGUCUACGAGCACGAGAUCCCUGGUGGUCAGCUCACCAACUUGAUCUUCCAAGCUUCGCAACAAGGCCUUGGCUCGCAGUGGGCUCAAACGAAGAAGGCUUACGAGCAAGCCAAUGACUUGCUUGGCGACAUCGUCAAGGUCACUCCCACCUCCAAGGUCGUGGGUGACUUGGCCCAGUUCAUGGUCGCCAACAGUUUGACUCCGAAGGAUGUCCACGAGAAAGCUGAACAGCUCGACUUCCCUUCGUCGGUGCUUGAGUUCUUUGAGGGUCUCAUGGGUCAGCCCUACGGUGGCUUCCCUGAACCACUCCGCUCGAAGGCUCUGCGCGACCGCAGAAAGAUGGACAAGCGACCCGGCCACUAUCUCAAGGCCGUCAAUUUCGACGAAGUCCGCAACAAGCUCAGAGAAGAGUACGGUGGAUGCUCCGAGACAGACGUCGCCAGCUACGUCAUGUACGCGAAGGUGUUUGAGGACUACAAGAAGUGGACCAACAGGUUUGGCGAUCUCUCAGUCCUACCGACCCGGUACUUCCUCAACAAGCCUGACGUUGGCGAGGAAUUCCACGUUGAGCUGGAGAAGGGUAAGGUGCUUAUCCUCAAGCUCCUGGCCACUGGACCACUCAGCGAGCAGACCGGUCAGCGUGAGGUCUUCUUCGAAGUCAACGGCGAGAUGAGACAGGUUACCGUGCAAGACCAGCACGCUUCGGUCGAGAACAAGAGCCGCGCCAAGGCCGACGCCGGCGAUAGCAGCCAAGUCGGAGCACCGAUGCAAGGUAUGGUCGUCGAAGUCCGUCUCGAAGAGGGCCACGAAGUCAACAAGGGAGACCCAAUCGCCAUUCUCUCUGCCAUGAAGAUGGAAAUGGUCAUCUCCGCACCACACUCUGGCAAGGUGGAAAACCUGAGCGUCAAAGCCGGCGACUCUGUCGACUCGCAAGACUUGAUUUGCAGAAUCGCAAAGUAA